GCUGCAAUGAUAUUCCACAGUUCUCGGAUUCGGUCGGGAGGCAGCUUCUUCGAUAUCAUUAAACUUCGAGACCGGAAGUGCCAUUGUUGGGAGGAUUAUACCUUCAAUUCUCGUUCUUUUAAGUUCAUCGAAAAAAGACGCAUCGAUAUAUCUGGGCUUUCAUGGGCCGGUAAUAUUCGCGGGAAAAUACAACCGGCGAGCUCCCACCGUAUAAAAUAUCUUCUGGCCAAAACCGGCGUUCAGAACCUCAGUCAGAGCCCCCGUCAAUGGCUUCCAUUUCUGUCGCAUCCUCCGUAUCUCUUCCCCGCCUCUCUCAUCCGCCUCUCCGGCCGGAAUUCGACUGGAGCUCUCUUCCGCGCCCAUCAAAUUUCUCCCCUUUCUCUGGCAAUGGACGGCCGCGUCUUGGGAACCCCAGAAGAUUUCGAGCGAAAUCUGCUGGACCUGAUCAGCAACUGCCCAAACGGCGUUCUGAGAGCGCGGACGGUCCCUCUCCCUCCACCAGCUUCUUGUCCGUCCUCUGUCCUCUGCUCAGGCUCUUCUCCGGCGGGGAUCCUUCUCGGGACCGGAAUGAAGCUCUUGAGGUGGCAACCUCUUCCUUGUCUACCUUGGCAAGACUGCCAUGGGGAUCACGAUCAGUUUUAGCUUCUGAGCAAAACCAAGAAGCCACCAUCUCUGGCCCUCUGAUGCAUUUGCAGAUCUUUGAAUUCGAGGCAUGUCCCUUCUGUAGGAGGGUUCGUGAAGCUAUGACAGAGCUAGAUCUUUCUGUUGAGAUCUAUCCUUGCCCAAAAGGCUCAGCAAGGCACAGAGCAAUGGUUAGAGAGCUUGGUGGCAAAGAGCAGUUUCCAUUCAUGAUUGACCCAAACGCUGGUAUUUCAAUGUACGAAAGCGGUGACAUUGUCAAGUACCUGUUUGAGAAAUAUGGUAAAGGGAGAAGCCCCUCAAGUGGACUUUUGGAGAGCACAUUGGUCACAGGAUGGAUGCCAACAGUUCUUCGGGCUGGAAGAGGGAUGGCGUUAUGGGAAAAGGCAAAACAAGAUCCCCCACCAGAAAAGCUGGAGUUAUUUUCAUAUGAAAACAAUCCGUAUGCUCGAAUUGUUCGUGAAGCACUCUGCGAGUUGGAGAUUCCUUAUAUACUGCAGAAUGUUGGAGAAGGGUCUCCACGGGAAAAGUUGCUUGUUGAUAUGUCAGGAUCCAAAGAGGUUCCGUUCAUUGUUGAUCCGAAUACUGGAACUCGUACCGGUGACUACAAGAAGAUACUCUCUUACUUGUUCCAGACAUACGCUGUCCCCACCUCAUAAUAAAUGGUUCGGGUGCAUCGACCCUUGUCGACAUCAUUCCUUGAAAGACCAAGUUUUCAGAGUCAUGCAGAUAAGAUUUAAUAGGUCUCAAAGCAUGCCAAAGGGCGAGGCACAGCCAGUUUUCUUGGCAAUGAAUAGAUUCUCCUGAAGAGGCAAAUAUGUCAUGCGGCUCCACUACCAUUUGAAGAAAUUCAGGUACCAUAUUAUAAGGCGAAACAUUAAAGUGGAACUUGACAUGACUAAUGAUAUUUUGAAUAUUUGACAAAUCGAUGAAGACUGCCUUGCUUUUUCUCUUCUCAUCAACAAUUUAAGGCUGUCUUCUUAUGUUAUCGGAACUUUCUCAUGUCAUGUGAUCUUACGGAGCUCAAAUUUUCUAUUUGAUUAAUGACAAAUUAUAUAUUUGUGCGGGACCGUGCUCA